AUGGAGUCUGGGUCAAGCUCUUUUCGAGUGGAAUUUCCGGAUUUUUCUAGUACCAUUUUGCAGAAGUUAAACCAGCAGCGCCAGCAAGGACAAUUAUGUGAUGUAUCCAUUGUAGUUCAGGGCCAUCUCUUCAGAGCCCAUAAAGCUGUUCUUGCAGCUAGCUCACCUUACUUCUGUGAUCAGGUUCUCCUAAAAAACAGCAGGCGAAUAGUCCUGCCUGAUGUGAUGAAUCCCAGAGUAUUUGAAAACAUUCUUCUGUCUACCUAUACAGGUAGGCUGGUAAUGCCUGCUCCUGAAAUUGUUAGUUAUUUGACAGCAGCAAGUUUCCUCCAGAUGUGGCAUGUAGUGGAUAAAUGCACUGAAGUGCUAGAGGGGAAUCCAACAGUUCUGUGUCAGAAGAUGAAUCAUGGCAGUGAUCAUCAGUCCCCAAGCAGUAGUAGUUACAAUGGCCUUGUUGAAACCUUUGAACUUGGCUCUGGAGGACAGACGGAAUUCCAUAAAGCGCAGGAACUAAGGGAUGGCGAAAAUGAAGAAGAGAGCUCUAAAGAUGAACUGUCAUGUCAGCUGACUGAACAUGAGUACCUUCCCAGUAAUUCUUCAACAGAACAUGAUAGACUUAGCACUGGAAUGACAAGUCAGGAUGGUGAAGAAGGAACUAGUGAUAGUGCAGAGUAUCAGUAUACCAGACCUAUGUAUAGCAAACCCAGCAUCAUGUCUCACAAGCGGUGGAUCCAUGUGAAACCAGAAAGAUUUGAACAAGACUGUGAAGGUGUUGAUAAUCCUUAUGAUGAGCACCAAGUUUCUGAAUCCAUGAAUGCCAUUCAGACAGAUCAUGCAAUCCAGUCUUCAGGUGUUGAAGACUUUCAUAUAGGUGACAAAAAGAUGGAAGCAGAAUUUGAUGAACAGGCAGAUGAAAGUAAUUAUGAUGAACAAGUUGACUUCUAUGGCUCUUCUAUGGAAGAAUUUUCUGGUGAAAGGGCAGAUGGAAAUUUAAGUGCUCACAGACAAGAUCUUAUGGUAGCAGCAGGCUAUGGUGAAGGCGUUGAAAUGGCUACGGGAAUUAAAGAAGAAACGUCACUCACUGGAUUCUCACAUGCUGAUAAGCUGUAUCCUUGUCAGUGUGGAAAAAGCUUUACACACAAGAGUCAGAGAGAUCGGCAUAUGAGUAUGCACCUUGGUCUUCGACCUUACGGCUGUGGUGUCUGUGGUAAGAAAUUCAAAAUGAAACACCAUCUUGUAGGCCACAUGAAAAUUCAUACAGGCAUAAAACCAUAUGAGUGUAACAUCUGUGGGAAAAGAUUUAUGUGGCGGGACAGUUUUCAUCGGCAUGUGACCUCUUGUACCAAGUCAUACCAAGCUUCUAAAGCUGAGCAGAGUACUACUGAUAUGAACUGAGACGUUAGUGCUUAUGUUUGUUUAGUAGAGUAAGCAAAAUAAACUAAUUAUGCAAA